UGCAUAUAUUUAUGUAUGAAUAUAUAUUGUUAAUCUCUGUUCCACAUUCUCAUUCAUUUAGUACUGGCAUAUCUUCAUUUAGAUAUUUGCCUUUUUACAAAUGUUAUCAUUCAAUUAUUGCUAUAAUAUUGUGUAAGAAUGAUUGGUUUUGAAAGAAAUAUCCAGGUUUUAGUUAGUGUCAUGGUUGAAUUGCCGUUGAUGAUCUUAUUAAUUGAUUAUGUGAAAGCAUUUAAUGAUGGAGCCUAGCAAAGUUGAUGUCUGCUGCGAAAUAGUUUCCAGUGUGGUGGAAAAAAUUUGAAAUUAUAACUGAAUUCAUACAAAAUGUUUUGUGGAAGAAAAAGAAGUGUUGUUGAUAAUUCUCAUCUGUCAUGGAAAGUUUUGAUAAGUUUAGUAUUAUAUCUAAUUCUGCCAAAGUCUAAUUCUUCAGCCCCAAAGCUUCUCCAAUGCGACUAUGGAACAUUAACUGGUGUAUGAAAACCUUUGAAAAAUUGCUGUUUGGUAACUCAGCUGAAAAGCAAUGUGUUUUCUAUUUAUUUGAAAUAUGACACAGUUUAAAGGAAAAUUUACUGAUGGCAUAGUGAUAAUUAAGGAUUGUGACAUUGACACAUGCUUUGUGUACCGUAUAUCUACUGGAUCCUAAAGGGUCAAUGUGGGUUUUUUUUUCUUAUAUUUGUGAUUUGUUUUAUUUCUAUGAGCGCAUCAGUGGAAACCAAUGAUGAUAUGGCAUUUUUCUCUUUAUGAGAGAUACCAAUAAUUGCUACAAAGAUAAGCUAUUGCUCAGCUGAUUUGCAGCAUACUAAUGCUGCACGUUGAAGUGACGACAUUUUAUUUAGCCAAAAAACAAGAUCACAGGAUCAAUAAUUCCAAACCCAUAUGUGAUCCAAACCCUCUUCUUUCGUGCCAAGAUGUCCUAUCUGUACCAAGUUCAGGAGAUCUUGGGUUCUAUGCAUUGUCAGCCAAAGAGUGUGUAGACGACUGCCUGGUCAGUCCACUCAGUGUUUCUUCUUCAGGGAGCUCGGAUACAGAGGCCUUCUCUCUCAUAGUCAAGUGUUGUGUAGGUGGUGGGUUGUGCAUCAGGAUGGACAGCCACUGUGAAGCACACCAGGCCAACACGGUCACAAACUUGCCAAAUCCUGAGUUUCCUACCAACAAAGUGCCUGAUACCUCUACAGAUGUGGAGACCUUUGGCAUGGUGUGUGAAGCACAAAGUGAAAGGGAUGUGGACCACAAGAGUAGCAGCAGCCAGAGCAUUUUAAGUGUUGAUGACACUGCCGAAGUGGCAGCUAAUGAAACAAGUAACGUGCCAGUAUCAUCAGCUGGCCGUGAGUCCCCAGUUACAGAUGGUGGGGCGGAUGGGGCCAGAGCUGACCCAUACCUGCCUCCCCAACCUGUUAAAUCUUUGUCUGUGAUAUUCAGCUCUACGCCGUUACAUGGUCACUUCUCCACUGCUUCUCCUCACAUUAGCAGUGGAGAUGAGGAGCCCCAGGGCACCUCGGGGCCCAGCCGUCCGUCCUCGACCACUGCCCCUGGGUCCCCUGGGCUGGGGGGGUCUCUUAGAGGGAUGCCCAUCACCCCCUCUGGCCAACAAGGUGUUGUGAAAACAGUAGCAGCAUCAAGCCAGUGUUGUGUGGGUGAGGCUGAGGCUUCAUGUACCACACACGUGCUGCACAACACCUCUCAGCCUGCCCAGCAGCCAGUGGCAGCUGUGGCACAAGCUGCGGCACACACACAGGCCAGUCUCAACAUUCCUGGCUCAAUGGCCAACAAUAAUGCCAAUAGCCAACUCCAGGGUAGCAACCCUAGCUUUAACCAGGAGACAAAGCAGGCUAUAGCCAGCUUACUCCAAAUAAGUGCAACCUGCAACCAAUACGCUUCAUUUCCUACUUCAUCAAAAUUCCAGGCUGCAGGCAAGCCUGGAAAAUUUGGUUUUGCUUCCUUCCCCCAUGGCUUUAUUAAAGUUAAUAGGUGGGGCAUUCCACGUGGCUUGGGUCUCGUAGGCGGGGGAGAGAGUGCAGCCAAUGGGUGGGGCACAUCGGCCCCUCAAACGGCUGGGUGGGGUAGCUCUGGUGCCAACCAGGCCGGAUCACAAGGCCAAUGGGGAGGAGCUCCCAAUCGUGCUGGAGGAGCACCAAACACAUCCCCUGGACAAGGAGGGAGUCUCAAGCCAGCACAGCAAAAUAGUGGUCCUUCUCAGCAACCAAGUUCUCCAGCAGGUCAGCAGAACACACAGACAGGAGGAACAGGAGGGCAGCAGGGACCAGCAGGAGUCAACAAUCAACAACAGACUCAACAGGGCAACAGCGGACAAGGAGGCAAUAGUAAUAAUACUUGGGCACAAGCUGCAGGGAAAGGUCUUCCAGCUGGUAGUGGGUCGGGGGAUGCUCAAAAACGUCACAUGGAGCAGCAACUGCAGAGUAUCAGGGAAGCUUUGCUCAGCAGUGAAGGCUGGGGUGGGGAAAAUGUCAACCAGGAGACAACGUGGGACCUUCCAGGAUCGCCCGAACCUUGCAAAGAUGCUAAUGCUCCUCAUCUGAAACUUAAUGUCAAUAAUGGAUGUGACUUAUGGGAAAACAACUUGAGAAAUGGAGGUGCAGCCCCUCCAAAGACUCAGCAAGCUCCAUGGGGCCAUACUCCAGCCACAAACUAUGGUGGAACCUGGGGUGAGGAUGAUGAUGCCACAGAUUCAUCCAAUGUGUGGACAGGUGUUCCCUCCAAUAAUCCACAGUGGGGUGCUAAUACUCCAAACCCACCCAACAUGUGGGGGGGAGGGGCACCACCAAAGAAAAAUAGUGAAUGGGCUGCAGGAGGCAGCGGUACCGGAGGAGGAAAUACACAAAGUGGCUGGGGAGACCAUGGCCCUCAAAGGUCAGGUGUGGAAAAUCCACCAAGCGAAUGGGGACCAGGAGGCCCUCACAAACCUGGCCCACAUGUUGGUCAACAUGCAGGACCUCACAGCCACAGUGGACCACAUAGUGGUCCAAGCAGUGGUCCUCACAGUGGAUCUCAUGGUGGUCUACAUAGUGGCCAUCAUGUUGUCCCUCAUAGUGGCCCUCACAGCACUCCUCAUGGUGCACCUCAUAAUGGACCUCAUAGUGGAUCUCACACUGGACCCCAUGGACCUCAUGGCCCACAUAAUGGACCACAUGGUGUCCCACAUGGGGCCCCUCAUGGUAACCUUACUCACAGUGGUCCACCUGGUGGUCCUGGAGGACCAACACAAUGGAAUGGUCCAAAAGAUAUGAAGCCAAGUGGGCCAGUUGGUGCACCAAGUGGAUGGGAGGAGCCGUCUCCACCUACACAGCGGCGUGAUGACGGAACAGCCGUUUGGGGUAACCCACAGCAACAGGCUAAUGUGUCCCGGUGGAAGGAAAUGCCCAACCCGAACAUGAUGGGCAGACCCAACAUGCCAGGGCCUCAACAAGGCCGCAUGCCAGGACCACCAGUUCCACCGGGAAUAAAGCCAGAUCAGCGCAUGUGGGGACAACAUGGGAGAAAUGGCAGCUGGAGUGACCCCCCUCACGAUACGGGUAGUGGCAUGUGGGGGGAGGAGCCGAAGUCAGGUGGUUGGGGAGAACCACCAAUCACAUCCCCAUCUUGGGGAACAAAACCGAAGACUCCAACUGGUGGUCCGGUUGGGCCUGGUUGGGGAGAAACAGAUAUGGAGCUGCAAGGCUGGGGACACCAAAAUAAGAUGACUGGUUUCCCUCCUCUGCUUGAUCUCAGAUCUCCCAAAACUCUCAUUCCUGAGUCCCACUUCCCAUUUGCUGUUCCUAAGGGUCUGUCAAAAGAAAUAAUCUACAACAGCAAGCAAUUUCGUACACUCCUGGAGAUGGGUUUUAAGAAGGAAGAUAUUGAAGCUGCUCUUCGUAACAAUAACAUGGGCCUGGACGACACCUUGAUGGAGCUCAGCAACCGUGGCAUAGCAGGCAUGGGGGGAAGUAGUGCAGGGGAUGCUUGGCGUAACCCACCUCUGGAGGAGCAUGCUCCCUUUGACCUCACCAACCCCAACUUCCAGCAACGCUUUCCACCAGCACCACACCACUUGCCCUUCACCAAUCAGCAGGGUAGCUCUGGCAAUUCUCCACAUGUACGUGCUCUGAUGCAGCACAUCCAGAUGGCAGUGCAGGCGGGCUACCUCAACCCCCAGAUCCUGAACCAGCCUCUAGCACCUACUACCCUCAUGCUUCUCAACAACAUGCUCUCCCAUAUCAACAUGCUUCAGAAAUUCACGCAGCAGCAGGCCAUAUGGCAGGCACAGGCUCACAUUAACAAGAAUUCGUCACAGACUCUACUUUCGCUCAACGUCAGUAUUACCAAGACCAAACAGCAGAUCCAGAAUCUCCAGAAUCAGAUAGCUGCUCAGCAAGCUCUCUAUGUUAAGCAGCAACAGCAGCACCAACAUCACCAUCAGCAGCUCAACUCUCACAUAACUGGCGGUCCCCCAGGCACCCAGAAUGAUUUCUUCAACAAGCCCAGUCUUCCAGAUCAGCUGUGUAGUAGCUUUGAUUUCCUGGCAGUCAACAAUAAUCCAGCUAUUAUCAAUGUUGGGCAACAACAGGGAAGCCGCUUGCACCAGUGGAAGUUGCCAUCCCUGGAGAAUGACGAACCUGACUUCAUUCGUGCACCUGGGGCUCCAGGAAAGCCUUCCAUGCCUCAGUCUCAGUCAUCACCAAACCUGACACCUCUGCUCGGACCCUCUAACAGCACAUGGUCUCUGAACCGGACUUCUGAGUCUGGUUGGCCCGAAAGCAGCAGCGGAGGAAGUGUGGAUGUUGCUAACAAUCCUGGUGUAGAAAAGGUGGUGCCAAAUAUGGAUUCUCGGUGGGUCGCUUCGUCUCAAGCCAACGCGUCAGGGUCUUAUGGCCUUGAUAUCAAGCCAUUUGAACCAGGGAAACCAUGGAUGAUGAAAAACAUCGAAGACGACCCUAACAUUACCCCUGGCUCUGUGACACAGUCUCCUCUGGCCUUGGGAAUUAAGGAAUCGGUCGACUUGUUAUCCUCAAUCAGCAAGACUUCCACCACUAAUACUGCUUCAGACAUGGCUGGACCUCUUACCUCUUUCUCCCUCACUUCGAACACCUGGAGCUUCAAUCCCGGACCCGGCCACCACGCCGCAAACUCUCCGUUGUCAGGGGACAACAAGUUGAGCAGUGGGACCAAUGGCAAAAGUGGGUCAGCUUGGAAUGAAUCUAGCCAAGGUGGAAGUAAUAACCUGGCUUCUGAACUCUGGGGAGCUCCAGGGAACAAGCUGCGGGGACCACCACCAGGAAUGAGUGUAGGAAGCAGUAACAACAAGAUUGGUGUAGGGGUCAGUGGAGGGUCAUGGGGUGCCCUUGGCAGAUCCACAUCAUGGUCAGGGGAGCAGCAGAGGAACCCCCCAAAUAGUGCCUUACAUUCUGCUGCAGUUGUAGCUGCCUCAGGAGCCUGGACCAACUCCCAGCUCCCCUCCCAGCUGCCCUCCACCUGGCUAAUCCUUAGGAACCUUACACCUCAGAUUGAUGGUUCCACCCUGAAGACACUGUGCAUGCAGCACGGGCCGCUGGUCAACUUCUACCUAUCUCUCAACCACGGCUUUGCUCUCGUCAACUACGGCUCACGAGAGGAGGCUGCCAAGGCACAAGGAAAUCUCAACAAUUGCCUGCUGAGCAAUACGACGAUCUUGGCAGAAUUUGCCAAUGACAGCGAAGUAAAGCAAGUGAUGGGACAGCCCACCCACCAAGGCCAGGCUGCCCCACCCACACCAGGCCCAACUAACGCUUCCAGUUGGGGAGGGUCUGGACGUGGCUCCACACCAACUUCCCAGUCUUCUGGGGGUUCGAAGGUGGACUCCUGGGGAAAUGGAAACAGCUCCAACCUCUGGAGUAGUGGCCCAGGAGGUAGCUCUUCUCUGUGGAGUGGAGCCAACAUAGGGGAGGGAGACCCACACCGUGCCACACCUUCCUCACUUAAGCCCUACUUGCCCGAUGGCCUUCUCACCUCUGAGUCCAUGUAAGGGAGGAGAGGAGGUAAGUGCCAUGGCCCCCCCACCCCCCAUUAAAAAAAAAAGAGAAAAGAAAAAAGUUUAAAAAAAAAAAAGGCACUUUCCAAAAGAAUGUGUGCAGUAACCACAGUGGUAAUGUGAUACCACAUCCACACGCAAGAGCCCUGCCUCUACAUAGGGUAAGCCCCAGUCUUACCCAUACACCUUUAUAAUUAUGCUGGUCCAUACUUGUGUAUAUCAAUCCCACUUUUAUUAAGACACAAUGCCUUAAAAGACUUAGCUCCAAGCACACACAAGAAAAAUCAAUCAUUUUGAUGCUCUUUAUGGCCAACAUAUAGACCAUGGAGCUAAAACAGUUCAUGUGCUGUGACUUAAAUACAAAGUUACUUGUAUUGACAUGCUGAUGUUGACCAUUAUUUUAGGAGAAACAAAGGUGCAAGCUCGACUGAAGUAAGAGAUGAACUGCCUGCGCUCGUCAUUUGCUUCAGUUGGAUAACUGGUCCUACUUUUAAAUGCCAAUAUUAUCUAAGUCUGUUCUUACCAUGAAUCAAGUCUUAUUAUAUGAUAACAAAAGAAUAUACCUACACACAGUUUUGCAGUGUUUUGAUGUAAAUGUACCAAAAGAUAAGCAAUUAAGUUAUAUUUAGUUUUAAGAGAAAUAAAUUCUAAGCUCUAGGUUAAAUAUAUAAUUAAGUUUAUAGUUAAAAGUUGCAGAAUUGUUCAGUGAUAGCACUCCUCUGUGUGAUAUUUCCUAUAUGGAUAAUUAUAUAUACUUUAAAUGUGCUUACUUAUGUAUCUCAAGUUCCACCACAGACUCUAGUGCUUGUAAGAUUUACAUCCUCCACACAAGAUCUGCUCAUAUGUACAAUGGAGCUCUCCAGGACUCGGCAGAUAUUCCUCAGUCUAGUGAUUAGGUAGAUACGGGGUGCAGUGAGGAGCUAAGCAGCAUUCCUCGGAUCGUCCAGUAGUUCUGCUGUGUCGUUGUCAUGAAAGCCUCAUGUGGGCUCUGCUGUGCCGUUGUCAUCCAGGCCUCUUGUAGGUCUCUGUUGUGUCGUCGUUAUGCUAGCCAUCCAAGUCUGUAUUGCUGUCAUCAUGUUGGCUUAUUUUAUGGCCAUGCAUUGUUGACAUCAUGCAGUCAGCCAAGUCUGCUAUUUUGUUACUCUUCUGAUAUUGUUUAGUCUUUGCUGUGUCACCAUAUUGCAGGCCUCCAAGUCUACUGUGAUGUUGUUGUUCAGGCCUCAAGCCUGCAAUGGCACAGUCAUGCAGACAAUAUACUAUGGUAUCUGCAGUGUCAACAAGCGGACCUCAAAGAUCUGCUUAAAUGUCAUCAAGCAGACUGUAUGUUGUGGCCUCUGCCAUAACGUCGUCAUGCAAGCCCUCAAUUUUGCCACCCUCAGUCAUACUCAUGCGCAUUAUCAUUAUUAAGAUGUUCAUCCACAUCAUCACUUCACAGUGAACCCAUGCAACCUUUGGUUCGUUGGUCUCCCCCUCCCUCUCCCUAGGGUGCACCUCCCUUCUACUGCUGCUUGUCAGAGAACACAGUCACACAUUCUUGCUGUUAGUGUAAAUUAAUUCUGUCACUGUUAUCCAAGAAGUGAUAAGGCAAGCACACUCUGCAGUGUGUGUUCUUGUAGUUUCUGGCAAGUUUGACGUUGUGAUAUAAUAGUCACCAGUGGUCCAAAGGUUAUGAUUGGGUAUUAGAUCCCAGGUUCUUGCUCCAGCAGCCUCAAGGUUGGAAACCACCUUGUCUGCCUCACACAGCACACAUCACUAGUGAAGCAGCACCAGUGGACCUGCUCACUUGACUAACACCACCUCUCACAGGUAUGUGGUGAGCAGUGUGAGGGAUUGUGGUUGUGGCUAUCAGCCUAGGCUGCACUGUGGUAUGAAUUUUACAAUAUCACUUGAGAUCUCCUUGGUAACAUCCAGCCAAUCAGUGUACUCUUGGAAUAAUAGACAACCAAUCAAAUUAAGAUGUAUAACUUAGGCAUACUCAAGAUUAAGGCGAUCUGCAGUGAUGCUGUAUGGUCCGUGGCCACGAGUGAGUCAGCAGCGUACCAAGUGUCGGGUUGACAAACAAUGGUGCUGCAAAUAAUCAUGCUAAAUGUGAGAUUUAGUGAUAGGUCCAGUCCACUCUUUCAUAAUGUUACUAUUAAUUCUCUUUGUCGCUCAGCUUUACUUACUAUUUUUAUCCCCACAAGAAAAAAAAAAAAGCACAAAAAAAGGAGAUUGUUGUAAUUUGUUUUAUGAACUCAAGUCAUGGUGUAGUAUUUUUCCGUAUUCAGUAUUUUGUACAGUUUUGAAAAGGAGUAUAAACAAAGUGCCACCAUAAGUUUGUUUUUUGAGGAUGAUAUAUUGUAAGUGACAGAGCCCUUAUAUGUCUGGAUAUUAUCUUGACCUCUAGCUGUAGUGAUACUUUGGAGCCAUAUCAAUAUUAUAGCUUUCAGAUUAAUGAUCUAAAUACAAUGAAUAAUCAAGCCAGUCUGCCAAAAAUCUAGACUAAGCGAGGCAGAGAAUCAUCAUUAUCAAGACUUAACUUUGCCAUGUAUAACAGCAAUGAUAGGUAGCUGUCCAACUUCCAGCUGUUCUGAGGGUCAGCUCUGAUGAUUCCUUGCAUUUUGGUGGUGUCAUACUUUUUGGCACUAUCCAAAUGUUUUCUAGUUUUUAGUGGUAUGUGUAGUAGGGGUUGGGUUAUUAUAGUAUUAGGAAAAAGUGUAAAACUGUCAAGGUCAGGUACCAGGCCAGGUACACCAUUUCUGGUACUUGUCAAUACUUGUCAAUUUUCUCCACCUUGGUUAGCAUUAGUCCCUUAAUAGCAGUAGACAUGUUUCUACUAUCACUGUCUGGUUGAGCAACAGUGAAGAUGCUUGCUCCAUGAUUUUGCUUGUUAGCUUGGCCUGAAGCCUGGGUAGCGUUAUCAGGGGAGCACUGUGAGAGCCGGGCACUGUUAAUCCAAUACCAGCUUAGUUUAGAUGACAAGUCAGGACCUAUGCACAUGCCAGCUAAUGACUCAUGGUCCAGGCCCUGUGUGUGGCAGACCGAUUUGGUUCUAGCCUGUAAUAAAAUUAAAUGAGCUCGGACCUACCUGGUAACACUGGAACUAAUAGUUUCUUGUGUUUAAUGUGCAGCAAUCUCAAAUAUGGUGUUAGUGCAGCUGUGGUAAUGGUUGCCCCCAAAAUAAAGGUGAACACCGUGCUCCUCUGAAGCUCAGCUACCCUAACAGUAAUUCUUCCAAGAUUAUUUAGCCAGUUAAGAUACUCGCCUUCUUUCCCUGUGUUAACUAUGUACAAGAACCAAACUUUUAAUUUUUGUGGUUAUUAUAAAUGAUUUACCUAGACAACACCGUGUAUAUUGACCGUGCUGCAAGUUGUACAAGCGUUAGAUGCCACCACUGCACACUCUCUAGCUGAGAGGGAUCUCUGGGGUGUUUUAUUUUAGAUCUAGGGUUAUGUAUUCUGUGUCCCAAGGUUUACCUGAGGUUAAUAGUCAUCUCGCAUUUGCUAAGUUGUAGCUGGCGGCUACACCUCUCUUCGCAGUUGUGAUUUUUGCUAGGGUGAUUGUUAUUCUGCCUUUAAGGAGGAACUAAUUGUUAAUGGUAGGUUUUAUUUGAUAGGUAAUUAUUUAGUUUGUUUAAGAUUAGGUUGCAUAGAAUUUUUAGGGUGAUGAGGUCAGCUUAGUGGCGUUUUCUCAGGAAGCCUUUGUGACGCAGGGGACGGAAAAUCUGCUCAGUGCUGGUGAACAGGUUGCUGUUCUUUGUCAGUGGAUGCGAGACUGUUGUACAUUGCGGAGUUUAAACACUUAAGGCUGAGAAAAGCAUUUCCAUGGCCCCAUUUUCAUAAGCUUUGACAUGAGGAACUUGUGCCUAAACAUAAAAAGAAACACUGCUAUUCAGCCAAAGGAAAUUACUGCCACCAGAUGGGGGUAUUUAUAGCAAUAUUGUGUUAUGUAACAGUUCCCACUCAAGUUUUGAUCAACAGUCUUUGUCCACAGAGGAAAAGAACAGCACUGGUAGAUUCUGGAGAACAGCCUGCCACUCAGCUCUUGGUAGUCCAGCUGCUGCUGUGCAUUUCUCUCAUGAACUAUGCAGGACUCACAUCUAGAGUUUCCCAGUCUGACUAUAGGGCCAAACUCAUUCAUUGCAUUCGACGAAUGAUAGGUAUAAGGAUUUUGUUGUUGGAAACUCCGUCUCCUGCAUUUAUUCUCAUUAUUAGUGCAAUAUGUUAUCAAAAUACAAAGAUCAUAAAAAUAAUCUGAUGCAUAAAAUUGAUGCACAUGUAAAACUCAAGGAUGUCUUUUGGACAAUCGUAUGUAAUGCAUGAUGUAAAAUUCAUGCACAUGGAUGACAGUUAAAGUGAUUGCAUGACAUACAUUUCAUGCUUUAGAAUGACAGUUAGUGAUGCAUGAUAGAUUCAUGCUUUAGGGUGACUAUAGAAGAAGCGCAAUGCCUUAUUCAUUCCUCUUGAGAAAAAGAAGUGUAGUUGUGACAUAUUGCUGAUCAACUACAGACUUAUAACUACCGUCCUAGCCUGCGUCUUCAGUAUCAAGAACUCCAAACAAGCCUUGUUUCACAUCUCAUGUGAUAACUGGUCUUCAUGAUUGUUUUAUUGGUAUACAAAAAAAACCUGUGACAAAGUAACUGCUAGCUGCAGGGAAGCAAGGCUUGUUUGGUUGAUUAUAUGUGCACAAGCUGUGUUUGGUGCUACGUGUGAUCUGUGGACUGUUGAUGGAGGACCAAAGCCUCAGUAGUUGGCCCGCUGGCAUCCCAGCCCCCACCCUCACCCGUCCUCUGUGCUGUCCCCACACUGUUACCUACCCACCCACCCACACUGCAUGUCACACUUCCACACCUAUCAGCAUCAAGACACUCAGAGUGUUGCUGACUGUGUUAGUAUGACUGGGGUCAUUAUAAUGAUUUUAGUUUGUCUGUGAUGUAAUACUGUGUUUUCUGACUAAUGACUGGUGAUUUUAUUGUUUUAUGGGUUACUAUAGUACUAAUGACUGAAAGACUGUUGAUGUACUCAAUAUUGUGUGGAUGAGUAAUAAUAUAUAGAUAAAUAUAUAUAUAUAUAUAUAAAUAUAUAUACUAGCACAUAAUGUAUGUUAACUGGUAUUGGAGUGUGGUUUAGUAAGAGUGUGGUUGUGGUGAUGUACCGAUAGUUUGGGCAGGCAGCAUGACCUGGGCGCAGAUGGUGCUGUGCUGGGAGUGCUACUGGACCUGAGGCCUCACCAAGGACUCUGCUCUCACACAUGCCAGCUGACCCCCCCCCCCCCUUUUUUUUUUUUUCCCCCUCCUGAAUUCCCACCCUAUCCCUCCAGCACAUCCCCCAGUUAAUGAAAGAAGUCUCUCAUGUAUUGGCCUUACCCUUUCUUGUUUUCCAAACUUCUUGCUAAUGACAAGGAGAAAAUGCCUAGCAUAAACUUGUGCCAGAUACUAACAAAUGAAGCACAUUCCUGGCCAGGCCUCAGGUCCUACACAUCUUCCUUGCCUAGGGGCCUCACACAACUUCCUCCUCUAGAACGUAGUCAGUAGUCCUACCCUGGCAUCUCCGCAAAAAAAGACUAAGAAAGCAUUUAAUAAAAGAUAGAGAAAAAAAAAAAUAAAAAAGUAAAAAUGAUGCCAGGUAGAGUGUAUGGUGUGAGGUUCCUAAGGUUGUUAUGGUUGUGAGUUGAAUCCAAGUGUGAUACUCCCCUCUCUGGUCAGACACAAGGGCUUCACCACCCUCAGCAAGUGCAACGUACAUGUGCCUUGUGUUUGAUUUGUGGUGGCUUGUCAUGACACCACCCCCACCACCACCACCACCACCCCUGCUGGCAUGCCCCAUCUUGACUGGGUUAACAUGCCAUGCAACUAGCUCAUGCACUGGACCUCAGUAAACUUAAGCAUAAAAAUAAAGUAAAAUAUAAAAAAAGAAAUAAAAAAAAUAAUAAAAUGUAUAAAAUGGAUAAAAAAGCACAGUUCAAGUAGCAACAGCAACAGCAGAAGCGCGGCCUCUUGAGAGUGCUAUCAUACCCUGCCUCAUUGUCAUUGGAAAGUGGUAGCCGAGGGCCUACAAGGACUUCCUAUUAGUGAUAAGUGUGUUUAAAUGCACCAUAGAGCUAUAUGUUAAUUAGUGCACGAAGACGAAGGUUGUGGUAUUAAGAGGCAGCAAGUAGGCAGUGAUGGCAGGCAUGUGGUAAUCCACAGGGCCGGUCUCAGGGAGCAGUCGACCAGGUGGCAGUAAGGAGGGCAGUGGUAUGCAUCAGCUGCUGUCUGGAAAGAUUGAGUUGGCUAAAGGCCUGGGAAAAACUUCUGUCAUAGCUACCACUGCUGGUAAUGCUGUUGCUGUUGCUACUGCCACCUCUGUGUACUGUUGCUUCCAGUGCUGAACUUGUUGCCUUAAGCACGUUGUGGUUCCUGUGUGGUGUCGGCCAUCCCACACCUAAAUGUGCUAAGUAAUUCCUGUUGUAAAAGUGUCCUGAUUCCAAAGAUCCUUGGAGUUCCAGUUAAGGCUUUUGGGUGAUAAAACUUGUAUUAUGAUUUUUGUACCUGACUAUGUACAAGUCAAGAUAUUCUUUUAAUAUUGCUAUAUAGAUUAAAAUAUACACAGUUGAUUCCAUGAAGUGGUAAUAACUGUAGCUUAAUCGAACUUGACAGAAGCAGUCAAAGCGUGACUUAAUCUGCAGUCAACUACUCAAAACUCUCCUCGUCAAAAUAACAAUAAAGCUGAGGAGUAGUUGAUCUCAGUUUUGUUACCAUCAUGUUGGAGAGUGAGAAGUGUAAUACUAGUGGGUGUUGGGUUGAACCUGGUGGUGGUGGUGGGUGAGAGAGGAUGAAGGGGGCAAAGCUUCCUGCCACCCUCUCAGACAUCUUCCCCUCCUGUCUCAAAAUCUCAUCAUGAUUCUAAGCCUGCCUCAAACCUGGCUUUAUUGUGUGCUUAUAUGUAGAAUAGUUGAUAAUCAACUUUACGAUUGCAGCCAUGUCACAAUAUUGUCACAAUCCUUCUACUGACUCUCCUGGAGGGUUGCUGAUGAAACUUAUUGCUUACUGCAGCUGCAUAACCCACAUUUCUUUAAACGAGGCAGCUAUUUGAGAGCCAUUAUGAGAAUUUGUGAGCUCUGGGGGAUGGGCCAGUAAGAGCCAGAAGUGCCAUGCUGGGCCACCCUCCAGCCCCCUCCCCCUAACCUCUAACCCCCUCCCACCACCACCACCACCAUUACCACCACCACCACUACCACCACCACCACCACACCACCACCACCCAUUGCUCCAUACUGCACCUCAAAGACAAUUGUUGCAGCUUUGUCAACACUGAAAUGCAUUUCAAACUUGAGAUUCCAAAGAUACCUUGAAGGAAGUAAAGGGUGCCAUUUGUAGCAACUUGAUAGGUUUAUGACUUCUUGGUUUUGGUGCCAAAUUAAAGUAGUAGAUAACUUGGAUAUGAUCAAUAGCAAAUAUUUCUCUUAUAUAAUUAUAGCUUGAAUGUAAGUUUUUUUCUUUAGUUUAGCCUAUCUGAUCAUGUCUUCUUGUAGGAAAAUACACAAAACAAUCUAGGCUGUGUUCCUUUGUCACCGAUUCCAGUGUUGCUCUUAAUCACCUAGAUGUAAUGAGUGAAGUGAUGGUUGCGUUCUCGCGGUUCUCAUUUUGGACAUUUUGAUUAGGGACUUGUAAACUGAUGAGGGCAUAAUAGUUGUAUCUUAUUGAUACUACCAUCAAGACAUAUCGCACGCUCCGUGCACGUUCUCUCGAGUAUGUGUGCGCGGUGGUGAACCAAAGCAUUUGUUGUGUGUAUUAGCAUCACCCCGCAGCCGCAGUCUGAUGCUGCCGUUGUGGCAUCCCGCUGCCAUAAUGCCCCUUUCCCCUAUUAAAUGCCAGACUCUCCCACUCCCUUCCGUGGAGGGUGAGGCUGGUGGGCCCCCUCCUGCCACCCCUGCCUAGACAUGGUGGUGGCAGCAGGGGGCCCCAGGGGUUACUGGCGGCAACCUGCCAUAGCUCCACCCGAGGCUAGACAGGCAAGUCUUUCCAUGUAACUUAUAUGGUAUUAUCACAUCAGCACCGGUAACGAGUCAGAAUUUUGUAUUAGAUGAGUGAUGUACGUUUUAUACCUAUAUUUUUAGAUGUGCAAGGCAACGGUCGUUGGUGCAGGACCUAGCGUAAUAUUGACUAAUGCUAUGCCCUGAAUGGUUGUUGCAGCCAGUAUUUUAUCCUCAAGUAAUAUGAGAUUGAAUCACUGGUAUAUUAUUGGCGAAUUGCUCAUACAUGUAGAAUGUGUUCAAGUCUGGUCUAAGCUCUUUUACAACAGGGAAUUAUCUUAGUGUCCUUGUGAGGUUUUGUUGUUGAAGUUGUAGGUGUAAGGUGAUUAUGGCCAGGAUGUGGUCUAGGGUAGCACCGGUGGUCCGAACGUCGAGGCUUUCACUUUAUAUGUAAAAGAGCUUAAUAGUGUCUCUCUAUGCUGUGUAGUGGUGGCAUCUAAUACGUGACUAAGCUAAGGUAACUUACAGAUAUUAAAGUCUACAAAAAAAUUAUAAAAAUGUACUUGCUAUUGUGAAGGGAUGGUUUGUUGCCUGCUCAGGGUUAGCACACUUAACUUCUGACGUUCAUAUGGUGAGGCGCUGGGCAGCACGUGUUGAGGUUACAAAACUCCCCAUACAUUGCUAGUGUGUCCUUCCAGCUAGGGCGGGGGGUGCGUUGCAGCCUCCUCGUCCAGUGAGCUUGUCUAGUCCUGAGGGUCCCGCGCCAGGUCUGCCUGACAGGCUGCUGUGGCUGCAGUGCUUGGCUGUGGGCCCUCACCCCCAGGAGGUGCCACGCUCCCACCGCCCUCCCACUACAAUCCUGUCCAUCUGACAUCCUCCCUCUCCUUAACACUACCUGACCCAACCUGAUCACCAUCCUUUUUUAUUCACCUUUUUUUUUUUUUUUUUUUUUUUUUUUAUUGAUUGAUUUUUCUUUUCUUUUUUUUCCUUUUUUUUUUUUUCUUUUUUCUUUUUUGGAACCCAUGUGGCAUGCUUGAAAUGUCCAUCCCUUUUUGAAGCAGCCACAGCUGCUGCAGCCAUGUCAGGUGCUCCCCUUGUGCCUCUCUUGUGUGUUCAGUGGCCCCGGUCCCUGCCCGUAUGCAAGCCUCAGUCUACACCGUGACAGCCGGGGCCCCCACCUCCAUGUGACAUGACGCGCCGCAACUGCUGCCGGGGCUGCCUGCCAUCACCAUCCCCCCAGAGACAACCAUGUGGGUUCCAGUUCUUCUUUGUUCACUCCGACUCCUCACCCUCUCCCUCCCCUCUCCCCCUCGCACCAACUUUCUCAUGUACUGCCCACAUAUGCCCGAACGCCUCCAAUGUAGCAAUGAAGCCAGGAGCAAUAAGGUGCCGUUUCCGCCGUCUUCUCAGCCCUGCAACGUCCGGUAGUCAGCCGCAGUCCACAGGCUGAGGUGGUUGAUUGAGUGGCCAACUAUGAUCCUGAUGGCCAUCGUGUGUGAGAUGAUGACGUGAUCAGGAGCUGGGAGGGCGGUGUUUGCGGCCUCCCCCGUGUAUCCACAUGUUGGUGUUGUGUUGCCAUGUUAGCAGGCGGCCACAAGGUUUUACCGUGCUCACUCUGCCGCGCCAGAGGUCACUCCACACUCCACACACCUCACCCUGCACGCCAGGCCAAGCUGGCCAGCACCAAGGAUAGGGAGAGGCUGUGUGGUGGGUGGCCCGGCACGGCUGGCCUGUCCUCCCUACCGUACCACUGCACAUUCCCACGAGCUAGUCAGGGCGGGGCACCACACGACACCUCUACCUGUGCCAGGUAGGCGGUGGCCCACGACAGUUGGCACCCCAUAUCCACUUCUACAUUAGAUACUGCAGAAGUGGAUGGGCAGUAUGUGGGCGGCGCCAACCCGCCCUUGGCACCUCUUGAUAACCACGCCACAUGAUGCAUAUCCUAGCUGGUCAGUGUGCUUGGACAGGUCAGCGAUGCUUUUAAUAUAAUUAUUUAUACAGGCUUUCUUGUACUGGAUGUUCCAAUAUGCAUAAAUAAAUUUGGUCUCAGUGUUUACACCUAA